AUGACAAGCCGCGAUAUUUAUGGAAAUACGUUCGAAGUGGAAAUCAAUGACGAAUCGACUGGAAACGCUGUCAGUUCCGAGCUAUGCGAUGAAUUCGUCGGCCAGGAGUCAGCACUGGAAGGUUCUACGGAUUCGUUAGUGGAAACCACUGAUUUCGGACAUGGAUUACAGUCUGCGGGCGAUGCAGCGGAUUUCGGACGGGUUUAUCGUUCUGAAUUUGAGACGCAGGAGCUGCAGGUGACGAUAGCUGACUCACCCCGGCGACUUGCCGACUCGGGACAACGGAGUGUUGGGAUCGUCUUGGAAAAAUGCGCGGGAUCACAGUUCAGGAUGUACAUUUCAAUCCUGAACCGGGCAAUAACCACGCCCCUUGACGCUCCCCAAGUCAGGACGGAUACGCCGUCAGCGGCACCCCCCCAGUUGGUCGUGUCCCCGAUGCCAUUAGUCCGCGGGUUGGAGGGUCAACUUUUGUCGACACGGCGUCCCUGUUCGUUUCGGCUGUCCACCGAGGUAUCCUUAGACGUGGCAAAUGCCUUGCAUACGGAUUUAUGGGCAAGGAUAGAGGACGCCUUGGUGGCGAAAAGAGUACCCCCGUGUAUUUUGGUUCGUGCUUUGAGAAGCUACUUCGACGGGUCACUUCCGAACAGCAGCGAACCAGACGGACGUGCAGUCACCAGUGGCCCAGUGCUCGGACCAACCCUCCGGGAGGUCGUGUGCGAUGACCUGCUGCAAACGGGGAUACCGCUCGACGUACGAGAAAUAUCCAGCACGACCUCAAUUGAUUUUGCCGAUGAGCGAGGGUUGCCGGAGAGCGUUGACAGCGAGCAAACAGCAUUAGGACAACAGCCGUUACCGGAAGUCCGCCGCCGGGACGAGAGCCCGGAACCUGUGGUACAAGAACGCCCUAGACGCAAAUCGAUUUGGAAAAGAACCAAGCGUCUUAUCAGACGUAUGUUUUGUUGCGGCGCCUAA